GGCUUCAUUAUGACAGGGGCUUUUGCUCAUGGAGCUAUCUUUUUUAUUAGAGAUUAUAAUCCAGAACAGAAUGAAGAUAAUGUUUUGGCAAGAAUUUUAGACCAUAAAGAAGCUAUCAUAUCCCACUUAAGUUGGGCUAGCCUCUUUCUGGGUUUCCAUACUCUGGGACUUUAUGUCCAUAAUGAUGUCAUGCUUGCUUUUGGUACUCCGGAGAAACAAAUCUUGAUCGAACCUAUAUUUGCCCAAUGGAUACAAUCUGCUCAUGGUAAAACUUCCUAUGGGUUCGAUGUACUUUUAUCUUCAACGAACAGUCCAGCGUUCAAUGCGGGACGAAGCAUAUGGUUGCCUGGUUGGUUAAAUGCUGUUAAUGAGAAUAGUAAUUCUCUAUUCUUAACAAUAGGGCCUGGAGACUUCUUGGUUCAUCAUGCUAUUGCUCUUGGUUUACAUACAACUACAUUGAUCUUAGUAAAAGGUGCUUUGGAUGCACGUGGUUCAAAGUUAAUGCCAGAUAAAAAAGAUUUUGGUUAUAGUUUUCCUUGCGAUGGUCCCGGACGAGGUGGUACUUGUGAUAUUUCGGCUUGGGACGCAUUUUAUUUGGCAGUUUUCUGGAUGUUAAAUACCAUUGGAUGGGUUACUUUUUAUUGGCAUUGGAAACACAUUACACUAUGGCAGGGUAAUGUUUCACAGUUUAAUGAAUCUUCUACCUAUUUGAUGGGAUGGUUAAGAGAUUAUCUAUGGUUGAACUCUUCCCAACUUAUCAAUGGAUAUAACCAUUUUGGUAUGAAUAAUCUGCUGGUGGAAAACCUUAUCCAUCAGCUGCUGUUUCCCUAUCUGGAGGUCGUCCAGCUCGUCAAUUGGGCUCGGCCGCUCAUCAUGGGAAUCGGACCUCGGGUCGAGAUCGGUGAUUUCCACGUGGGUGAUGUGAGCCACGGUGGGGGGAUCCUUCUUGCUUGGCUCGCCGGACGAGGAGAUCUUCAAACUCUCGGCAUAGCAUUGUCGAGCUUUCUUCUGAUUCGCUUUGACGGAGAUGAUUUUACCGUCACUUCCUGGGAACUUCAUAGUGAGGUGUGGAGGGGACAUCACUACUCCAAGCUGAUUCAACGUGGGUCUCCCAAUGAUGAUGUUAUAGGAGGUGUUGGCUUCCACAACGAGGUAUCAGACCAUGAUUCUCCUUGUGUCCGGAGAGAUUCUGAAGGUGGAUAG